GAGCUGCCGCUAUGUUAUCCCGCACUCUUGCUCGUCGACUCGUCCGUCAAUCACUUCGGUCCUCGCCAUCCUCCAACAUCAUAUCGAGGAGAACGUUCAAAAAUGUAUCAUCCAUGUUCUCGAGCUCAGUCAGCACUCGUUUGCUUACACGGGCGAUGAGCACCCCCGCGCCUCAGCUAAAUGUCAGCGAGCUUACAGUGGAAAACUAUCACAAGCUGUCAGAUGCUACAAUGGCCACGCUACUUGAACGGCUGGAGGACUUGCUAGAUGAAACUGGUAAUGCCGCCUAUGAAGUUGAUUAUCAUAGCGGUGUACUGACUCUCAUUCUCGGGAAUAAUGGGACAUAUGUCAUUAACAAGCAACCACCUAACAAGCAAAUAUGGCUUUCUUCACCACUAAGUGGCCCGAAGCGGUAUGACUAUUUCCCUGAAUCUGACGACUGGCGCUACUCGCGCGAUGGGCGUAGUUUAGAAGACUUGCUCCACGACGAACUAGGAAACGUGUUUCAGAAGAAACUCAACCUAGGUUUGGAAAAUGUGUCGACCCAAGUGGAGUAGUUGGGCUUUAUGUAGAUGCUUACCUAUGAGCGCGUUGAACAGCGCGUGCCCCUUUUUUAACCAGUGCUUUCUGCAGUUUCCUGUAGUGGAAUAUUUCUGUUGGGUGAUUGAAAUCUACUAAAUUUAUGCAUGGUUACCUUUAUCCACC